CCAAUGUUUCAUGCUUUGUUUUGGAGAACAUACGUGCAGAUCUUCAUAUAAUUACAAUAAAUCGGUACAAGAGAACGAUGUUUACAUUAAUAAUAUGAAUAUUGAUAUUUACAAAAGCUCUAGUUCAUAACUACACAGAACGGUUAGCAGGAGUCAUAAAAGCCAGCCAAGAUGAGUGGGAAACAGGCAGCCAGGCUGAAGUAUGCAUGUGAUAUGGACAAGUCAGUGCUGCUCAAUAACUUUGAAGCCAGAGGGUGGAUUCCUGUUGGACCUGACGAUGACUGGCAGUUUUAUUGGGCCAAUGUUCAGAGCGUACGCAAUGUUUUUAGUGUGGACAGCGGCUACAGACUACAGGAUGACCAAGUGAUCAAUCACUUCCCAAACCAUAUGGAGCUCACUCGGAAGGACCUCAUGGUGAAGAACAUCAAGCGAUACAGGAAGGAGCUUGACAAGGACAAUAACCCGCUGGCAGAGAAAGAUGACACUGGCCGCUUUAUUCACUUAGAUUUUAUUCCACAUACGUACACGUUGCCUGCAGACUACAACCUGUUUGUUGAGGAGUUCAGAAAGAAUCCAAACACCACGUGGAUCAUGAAGCCUAGUGGAAAAGCCAGAGGUAUUGGAAUCUUCCUGGUGAACAAACUGUCACAGUUGAAGAAAUGGUCAAGAGACAGCAAAACAAGCAAUUUUGUACCCCCAACAUCUAAAGACACGUAUGUGAUUUCCAAGUACAUCGACAAUCCACUGCUGAUUGGUGGCAAGAAGUUUGACUUGCGACUCUACGUGCUGGUCACCACAUUCAGACCACUCAAGUGCUACAUGUACAAGCUUGGGUUCAGUCGUUUCUGCACGGUGAAGUACAACGCCAAUGUGAAUGAGCUGGACAACAUGUUUGUGCAUCUCACCAAUGUCUCCAUCCAGAAAACAGGGAACGACUACAAUGCGGUGCACGGGGGCAAGUGGACGACGCAGAAUUUGCGACUCUACCUGGAAAGCACACGAGGCAAGGAAAUCACUGACAAGCUUUUUGAUGAGAUUGACUGGCUGAUUGUUCACACAUUAAAGGCAGUUGCUGGAGUGAUUUCAAAUGAUAGACAUUGUUUUGAAUGCUAUGGGUGGGACAUUAUCAUAGAUGACAACCUGAAGCCAUGGUUGAUUGAGGUGAACGCCUCUCCCUCCCUCACCAGUACCACGUCAAGCGACCGCAUCAUGAAGUACAAGCUGAUCAAUGACGUCAUCAAUAUCGUCAUUCCUCCCGGGGAACAGCCAGACGUGAGAUGGAACAAGACAGCUGGAAAGGAGAACCUGGGAAACUUCUAUGUGUUAUACGAUGAAGAUCUUGCUCAGUCAGACCCAGUCGCACUCGACCCAAAGAUGAAGCUUGGAACAGGGCCAGUGCGAGGCGGUCUGAGGGAGACAAAGGGACGACCUUCACCCGCCACCUGGAAGUGACCUUUGACAUUCAGUUGACCUUUAAUCUUCCUGUAUCAUCAAUACUGUGGCAUUUCGUUGACCAUGAAAUUUUCUGUUUAUAAUUGACUUACCGUAAAUUUUUUACAUUAAGGUGACAUUUUCAGGUCACCUUUGAAAAUUACAGCUUGCCAAAGGUCUUAAGUGGACAUUAAAAUUUAUUAGGUUUUGCAUUUGACAUUCAGUUGACCUCAGGAAUUGAAGUUGGCUUUGCCAUUCAGUACGCAUAUGACGUUUCACUGUUGCUUUGCCAUACAGGAUACAUUUGACUGUCAGUUCGCUUGAUAUAUUAAAAUUUAACCUGUG